AUGAAGGCGGCGAGAGCCCUUAUGGUGGCGUCGACGGGCGGAGCGGUGGCGGUAUCAGUGGGGCUCUUGGCGCUCUCGAUCUACCUCGCGCUCAGCGGCAGUGGUAGCGCGUGCGCGCAGCCACUGGACGCGCCGAGCAACGCGAUGGGCGCGGUGCUGCUGAGCGCAAGCAUACUGGGGCUGAUCGGCGCGCUGGCGCACGAGGGGUGCCUUGAAUUCCUCUUCCUCUGCUGCUCCGCCGCCCUCACCCUCGCGCUCUUGGCAUACUCAGCGUUCGCCCUGGCAGUAACAGCGCCAUCCCCCAGCGCCACGGUGGGCGCGGCAGGGCAGGCGGUGUACAGCGUGGCGGGCUUCUCGUCGUGGCUGCAGGGGCUGGUGGCGCAGCCUGAGGCAUGGGAGGCCAUGCGCACAUGCCUGGUGUCCAACAGCUCCUGCCCUGCCCUGCCACCUCCUUGGAGGGGUGCUGGGGGAGAGAUGGGAGGGAUACACAAAAGCAGCAGCAACAGCAGCAGUAUUGCAGCUGCAUCCGGUAGCUCUGGCGUCAAGAACCCAUCAGUCAUACAGAGUGGGUGCUGCUUUUCCCCCGCCCCGUGCAGCACGAACACAACUCUUUCCACGACACCUAUCCUGUCGUCUGCCCCAUCACCUGCGCCAUCAGUCGCCCUCUCACCAGUAGCACCAGCAGCACUUCCUGCACCCUCCGUGGCAAAGUCAUCGCACACUGACAACCAUUUGCAACCAACCAUCCGGACCACUGCUGUUCGCGCCAAUUCCACAUCGUUCUCAGAUUGCACCAGCGCUGACCCAGGCGGUGGUGGGAGGUGUUUCAGCUGCGACACAUGCAAGGCAGCGCUCCUCAAGGUCGUGAGGGACGACCUCUCUCUCGCUGGCUGCGUGUGCCUCACUGUUUCCUGCCUGCUGGUCGUGCUGUUGGGCGUGGGAGGGCCGCCUGCCGUGUGGGCUGGCAGCCAUGUGCCGUUCACCCAGGGCGUGUGA